AUGAGGACGCCCCCUGGCGGGAACGGUGUGGGUUUCUUCCGGGACACCGAAGCACUACCAGACAACGGCGGGCGCAGUGCCGCGGCACCGACACUGACCGGCACGGCCUGGGACGCGGGCAGGACACAGCUGGGUCCCGCACCAACGGGAGACGGCGGAAAGCCCCGAGAGGAGCGGAGCCUUUGGGAGGCUGCACAACGGGGCCGGGCCGGACCAAGCCAGGCCAGACGACCCCUGGACCAAGAGCGAGGCGCAGCCAGGGUUGCCCGCAGCCAGGGCUGCCCGCAGCCAGGGCUGCCCGCAGCCAGGGUUGCCCGCAGCCAGGGCGCGGUAACUCGCUGGAGGCAGCCGAGCGCGGCCGCGGCGCCCCCGCUGACCCCGUGCGGGCCGUGUGACGCCGUCGGGGCGCGCCGGGGCCGGGCGGAAGUGGCGGUGCGGGCAGCGUCAUCUCGUCAUAGAUGGUCAGGUUGCGCCCACGGUUGCUGCGGCGGCACGUGGGGGCUGAGCUCUGCCGCGCCGGUCGCCGCCGCCGGUGAGUGUUACACCGCGGCUGCUGGGGAGUCCUCAAGGUCACCGCCCAGGACAGCCCCGCAGCGGUCUCUCCGGGCUCGGAACGCACGCUGAGGCUGUGCCGGGGCUCAUCUUGUCGCUGCCCGCCUCACCUUGUCUCCUGUCCACUCUGGCGGUACCGAAGCGCCGAGGAGCCGCGCCAGGAUGCCAGUGCUGGGGAGAUGACGGCCAAGACCCGCUGCUGUGGUGGCUGCCGGGGUUCGGCGUACCCCUGAGGCCAACGAGGUGGAUCCAAGGCAGGUGGCUGGGCAGGGGCAGCUCCGGUGGGGCAGCAGCAAGAGGAGACGCUCACCAUGGAGUUCACGGUGAUCGACUACAGCAUCUUUGCGCUGCUGCUGGUGCUGUCGUCGGCCAUCGGGCUCUUCUACGCGCUGACUGGGAACCGGCAGCGCACAGUGCAGGAGUUCUUGCUGGCCAACCGCAACAUGAGCUUCCUACCUGUCGCUCUUUCCCUGCUGGCCACCUUUCAGUCAGCUGUGGCUAUCCUGGGUGUGCCAGCUGAGAUCUAUCGCUUCGGUACCGAGUACUGGUUCCUGGGCUGCUCCUACUUUCUGGGGCUGCUCAUCCCAGCCCACAUCUUUAUCCCUGUCUUCUACCGCCUGCGCAUCACCAGCACUUAUGAGUACUUGGAGCUGCGCUUCAACAAGACGGUGCGGGUCUUUGGCACUGUCACCUUCAUCUUCCAGAUGGUUAUCUACAUGGGAGUGGUGCUCUAUGCACCUGCACUGGCCCUCAAUGCAGUGACAGGCUUUGACCUCUGGAGUGCAGUCCUGACCAUCGGGCUGGUUUGCACGCUCUACACCACGCUGGGUGGGCUGAAGGCUGUCAUCUGGACAGACGUCUUCCAGACGCUGGUGAUGUUUGCGGGGCAGCUGGCUGUUAUUGUGGUGGGUGCCCAGCGAGUGGGUGGCAUGGCCCGCGUCUGGCACCUGGCCGAGCAGGAGGGCAAGAUCUCUGGCAUUGACCUGGACCCUGACCCUUUUGAGCGUUACACCUUCUGGACCCUGGCGAUGGGAGGGGUCUUCAUGAUGCUGUCCCUCUACGGAGUGAACCAGGCACAGGUGCAGCGGUACCUCAGUGCCCGCAGCGAGUGGGAGGCCAAGCUCUCCUGCUAUGCCGUCUUCCCCUGCCAGCAGAUUGUGCUCUGCCUCAGCUGCCUCACUGGCCUGGUCAUGUUUGUCUACGACCGGGAGCACCCACUGACACCUGCCCAGCGCCCCAGCUCCUCUGACCAGCUGGUGCUGUACUUCGUGAUGGACGUGCUGCGGGACCUGCCUGGGCUGCCUGGGCUCUUCGUUGCCUGCCUCUUCAGUGGAUCCCUCAGCACCAUUUCCUCUGCUUUCAACUCGCUGGCCACGGUGACAAUGGAGGACCUGGUCCGGCCCUGCUGCCCUGGGCUGUCAGAGUCACGGGCCACGCUGCUCUCCAAGCUGCUGGCUCUUGGUUAUGGAUUGCUUUGUCUGGGGAUGGCCUACAUGUCCUCUAUGCUAGGCCCUGUGCUGCAGGCAGCCAUCAGCAUCUUCGGCAUGGUAGGGGGCCCUCUCCUGGGACUCUUUUGCCUGGGCAUGUUCUUUCCCUGUGCCAAUGCCACGGGUGCUGUUGUGGGGCUGCUGGCAGGCCUGGCCAUGGCCUUCUGGGUGGGCAUUGGCAGCCUGCUGCAGAGCAUGGGGUCGGCCAGGGAGCCCUCCCUACCCAACGGCACUGUGCUACCCAUUACUGGCAACCUCACCACUGUCCUUGCCACCACGCUGCUGACCCCCACGCUGGCUCCCCAGAGGCCCACGGGGCUACAGAAGUUCUACAACUUGUCCUACAUGUGGUACAGCGCCCACAAUUCCACCACUGUCAUUGUCGUGGGGCUUCUGGUCAGCCUGCUCACUGGCCCCACGCCAGCAGCAGCCGUGGACCCCCGCACCAUCUACCCAGUGCUGCCUCGUCUGCUCUGCUGUCUGCCCCGCAAGUACCGGCAGAAGCUCUGCUGUGGUGUGGCUUUCCCUGACCAGGAUGGUGACUGUACAGACACUGUGACAAAGAGCAAUGGGGUGCCCAAUGGCUUGGUGCCCCCUGGCUCCGGGCGUCGAGAGGAGGAGGAGGAGGGGCAGGGAUACAUCUGUAUGGCUGGAGCUCCAGUGUGUGCCGUGCAGGAGACCUCCUUUUGAGCUCCACAAUGCUGACCCUUCCCAAGUGUGGGGAUCCCAGCCCCCCCCGUACCCUUCCACAGCUCCCCCCAAAGCCAGGGGGCGCAGACCCUUGUGGGUUGGUAGCACAGGGUUGGGGAGCACCGAAUAACAGAGGGGCUGGGUCCUUCACUGGAGGGGGCUGGCUGGGCUGCACCCCUAUGAGCAGCUGAGCUCUCAGCCUUCCAGCUGCCCACGACAGGGGCUGUGCUGGACUCUGUUCUCUGGCCAGGGGGAUUUGGGACCACAGGUACUGGGGUGGAUGUUGGAGCAGUGCUGAGUACCCACCCUAGGCUGGAAUGCUGCCUGGUGCCCCCAGCCUGGCCAUGUGCCUUACUGCACUGCUCCCAGUCUGGGGGCUGCCCCAUACCUCUCCGGCCCCACCCAUCACUCAUCUCUGUGUUUAUUGUCCCCCAAUAAAUGGUUCUGGAGCACA